UCGCUGCACGUACGGGUGCAUCUGACAUUCCAGCGCGCCAACUUGAUAUUGCCAACAAAGGGAAGGCAGAACACAGGACGUUUUUAACUUCUGCACAUUUAAUCACAAGUCGUAACUGUAAAAGUGGUUUAGACGUUUGUGAGCAAAUACUUUAAGAGCCGGACUGACGUACGUUACCUGGUCAGGAUGGGUUUGCUCGAGCGGUGCCAGGAGCUCUUCAAGACCUCAAACCUGUACGAGGUGUUGGGCAUCAAGAAAGACGCAACCGAGGCUGAUAUCCGGAGGAGCUAUUACAAAGUGUCGCUGAAGGUCCAUCCAGACCGGGCACCUGAGGACCCACUGGCCACAGAGAAGUUUCAGGUGCUGGGAAAGCUGUAUGCGGUGCUGAGCGAUAAGGAGCAGAGAGCGGUUUAUGAUGAACAGGGGGUCGUGGAUGAAGAAUCUGACAUCUUGAGUCAAGACCGCUGCUGGGAAGACUACUGGAGACUGCUUUUCCCCAAGAUUACAGUGCAGGACAUCCUGGAAUUUGAGAAGAAAUAUAAAGGCUCUGACGAGGAGCAGCAGGAUGUGAUCCAGCUGUAUGUGCAGCACCAGGGAGACAUGGACGCCAUCAUGGCCUCAGUGCUGUGCUGCUCCCAGGAAGAUGAGCCCAGGCUGUGCGGCAUCAUCCAGGCUGCCAUCGACAGCGGAGACGUCAAAACAUUCCCGGCGUUUACUCGGGAGAGUGAAAAAAAGAAAAGAGCUCGUAGGAAGAGGGCUGAUAAAGAGCGACAAGAAGCGGAGGAAAUGCAGAAAGAGAUGGGGCUCGAUGAUCAGGAUGACAGUCUUGUGAAGAUGCUUCAGCAAAGACAGAAGUCCAGAGAGCAUAAUUUUAACAGUUUCCUGUCUGACCUGGAAGCAAAAUACUCAAAAAAAAGUGGGAAACCCAAAAGAGCAAAAAAGUAAGACGCUACAGACUCUGGUUAUAGCAGAUAAAAUGUAUAUAAAUCGAAGCAGAUAUUCUCAUUUGUUCAGAGGAAAAAUAAAAUUGCCUUUUCAGAUUUUAAGAGCAUUAGAGCACGUGUGAGCAGCCUAACUGCUCCCUUCAGUGUGUCUCCUCAGAAAACAUAAUCUGUAGCUUCUUAUCUUUUUAUCUUUGUUUUUUCUUUGUCAACACUUCACAUAUACAAAUAAAUUCAUAUUGAUAUACA